UGAUCUCUAAAAUGAAAUGGUUGUCCAACAGAAUAGUCACGUCAAUUCAGGCAGACGCGCGCGUCAACAAUUUUUUUUUCUUGUUUUUUCGCGACUAGGUCUCAAACCAACAUCAUGGCAGCCAAGAAAUCGCUCAAGACAGCCAACACAUCUUCUGCUACCAAGAAGACAACGACCCAAUCAACUAAAACAAGCAAGACCAGUGGCACGAAAAAGACGAAUGCCAAAGCAAGUACAAAAACACAACAAGCAACACCACAGAAACCGCCACCGCCUACUGUCACCGUAACAGACGCGUCUUCACCAGAUCAAAUCUUGCGAUCGUCUUGGAAGUUUUUCUAUUGUUUCCAAUUCCUGUCAUUGUUUCGAUCACUCUUGAAACUUCCUGUCAUUACCAUAGAAACAUUUGAGAAUGCGCUCAAAGUUACCAAAGAACCCUCACUUGCACGAUCUGAAGGCAGCUUUCUUGCUGAAGAAAUGAACAACAGCCUUAUACUUGAUUCAACGCGAAAAGACGCAGCACGACAAACGCUUGAACAAAUCCUCGUAGCACUUUUGAAACAUGUUCAAAGUCAACGGGUCAACACAUCCAAUUGUCACGGCUUCUUGUAUGAUUUUUUGGUGUCACAACAACAACAUAAUGAAGAAAACGAUAACAGCAAUUAUGAGCAUGAGGAUGAAUGCAAGUUGAGCAAGCCAAAGAAUAGCUGGACUAUUUGGGACCUUGCCGUGCCGGUGAAAAUACGCGUGUUGAAAUCCUUGAUUGAUCGUAUCGAGAAGACGGAUCAGAUAGUGGAGCUACGUGCUGGUAAGGCUCCUGAAGAUAUGCGCUUGGCACCUAUCGGAGAUGACGCUGAAGGUUGGAGAUAUUGGAUGUUUGACGAUAUGCGUUUAUACAGAGAACUACCAAUGCCACAAAAGAAGGGUCUGCCUUUGAUGAGGGAUACGGAUUAUACAUUUGAGAUGGUCUGUGAUACACUCGAAAGUUGGCAAAGCUGUCUCUCACGGUUCUCGGUCAAGACACGCAAUCACAAUGGAAAAGCACUUGGCCACACAAUUAAUGAAAUCGCACCCCAAAUUAUUGCCAAACUAGAAGCCAAGCAGGCAGCAAAAGCACGUGAAGAGGCACGAUUGGAAAAGCAGAGAUUACUCGAAGCAUUACCACGCAAGCGUAGUAGACGAUUAGAAGUCAAGGAGGAAGAAUUGAGCAAGCGGCUCAAAACAGAUGAAUUGGAGCAACAGCAGAUCGCCGUUGAACAAAAAGAACGAAGACAACAGAGAGAACAAGAAAAGAUUGAACAAGAGCAAGUAAAGCAAACUGAAUUGGAUCUCAAGGAUUAUGUCUAUAAUCUUAUCGAUACUAAACUCAAUGAAGCUGCUACACGAGAGGAAGAGACUGGUACUGCUUCGGAAACGCGUAAAAGCCGUUCAUCGCCGUCAUUUGUCACUCCAGAGAUUGCGUUUUUAACAGAGCUGCGUGGUAUUCUGAGAAAGUCUGCUCCGGAGGAAGAACGCGUGGCAAAGAUGCAAGGCUGGGCAUUAUUGCUAGACGAUGAAAACAUUGUGCACAUUGGAGAAGGCUCCAACGGUGAUGCUCCCCUUGUGCUUGGACAAGGCCUUGUUUUAAAAGGGGCUGGUGCAUCUGGAGAUCUUACUUCUCCAUUACUCAAGAAUAUCUUGCGGGUGUUUCUCUCGACGUUACCCAAUGAAACGACGGAUAUGGGUAUGGAUUUACCAGCGAUUCGAAAAAAGCUGCUCUUGGACCGAUAUACAGCAGAUGAGAACUUCUCUGGUUUGGAAAACUUUAUUCAAGACCUAGACUUAGCAUUGCCAGCCGAAAGUGAACGUCUGGGCGCUGUUUCACCACAAAGAUAUGCAGCAAGCCUUCUCACCCGUAUAUUCCAGUGAAAUCAUCCAUUCGACGAUUCUUAAAAGUGCCCCGCAAUCACCUUAUGUAUAUAUACAGAAAAAAGAACAUAUAGAGCUGCCGUAAACAUCCUUUAACCCACACCCAUCUAUACAUUCUCUUAUUCAUUCAUAGUUGCUGUGUACCCACCAUUACCGAAGAUUUAUCUUAAAUAUUGCAUAUAAACAAACAAUGUAGCUCUUCCG